UAUGGAGUUAUGCCUUAUGUAGCUCCUGAAGUAUUAAAAGGAAAUCAAUUUACCAUGAAAUCAGAUAUUUAUAGUUUUGGUAUGAUAAUGUAUGAAAUUAUAACUUCUUUACCUCCUUAUCAUGAUUAUAAUUGGGAUGAAAAUUUAUUACGAGAUAUUUGUGAUGGGAUUAGACCGAAAAUUCCUGAAGGUAUACCGAAUUGUUAUAUAGAAUUAAUGACAAAAUGUUGGUCUCAAAAUCCUGAGGAUCGACCUAAUGCGGAUUAUUUAGCCAAAAUUCUUGAAGAUUGGAAAAAUAAUAUUUCACAAAUAGAAGAAUUUAAUAUUGCGGAGCAAUUUAGAUUAAAUCAAUCAAAUAGUAUUGAUAUUGAAAAGUCAGUAAAUUAUAAAAGUAAAGCAUUACCAAAGUUUUAUGAAAUAUUACCAACUUCAUCAAAUGAAUAAUUGAAUGAUUUUUUUUUUAAAAAAAAAUUUAUAUAUAUAUAAUA